AUGUCGUUGGUUAAAGAAGGAGGUUCGUUGACAUAUCAAGUUCCGGUUUUGACACCAACGAAUUAUCACGUGUGGGCGGUUAAAGUCAAGUCAAUUAUAGAUGCACAUGGCAUAUGGGAGACGGUCGAACCGAAGACGUCUGAUAAAGCACCAGAUCAAAAGAAAUCAAAACAAGCUCUUGCUUUUUUGUUUCAAGCGAUACCCGAAGACAUGGUGUUGCAAAUGGCGAGUUACACCGACCCAAAGCAAAUGUGGGAUGGGCUAAAAACACAGUAUUUGAGAGUGGAUCGGGUGAGAACGGCUCGACUUGCAACCUUAAAAAUGGAGCUUGAAAGUUUACGCAUGAAAGAGGAUGAAACAGUUGAUGAUUUUGUGACGAAAUUAUCCGGUUUAGCAUCAAAAGUAAGGAGUCUUGGAUAUGAGCUUGAAGAAGGUGAUUUGAGCAAUGUUUUCGAGUUGGAUUCAAUGUUAUUCGAUGAACCGGUUGGUAGAUUAAAGGCGUACGAGGAGCGUAUAAGAGGAACUGAGAAAGUGGAGGACACUCAAGGUGGGUUGUUGUUGGCUAGUGACGAAAAGUCACAUGUUUGUAAGCAUUGUGGCAAUGGACGUUCAAAUCGAGAUGACUUUGGACAUGGCCGGGGAAGAGGUCGGGGGUCCGGGAGAAGUCGAGAUGGUAAUGAACGUGUCCGGGAUAAAAGUCACGUUAGAUGUUACAAAUGUGGUGAGUUCGGUCACUAUAAAAACGAGUGUCUAAAAUGGGAAAAGGAAGAAGCGGGUCUAAUCGAAGAGGAACCGGCAUUGUUUUGA